AUGCUUGAAGUGGAUUAUGUUGUUAAUAAAAAAAAUGGACUUGUUUGUCGCAGACUGUGCACCCUGCGCGUGACACGGCUGAAGGUCUGCGGCGCGCUCGGGGAGGCGGGCGCUGGUGCGGCAGGUAGCGCCGGCGCCGGCGCGGUGAUCCUCGCCGCCCGCAUGCACAGCAGCAAGAGGACGCUGCGCUCGAACGACAUCGCCGUGCCCCCGCUGGACGUGGAGCUGGACCUCUGCUUCUCGCUGCAGUAUCCCCACUUCGUGAAGCGCGACGGCAACAGGUUGCAAAUAAUGCUUCAGAGGCGCAAGAAGUAUAAAAACCGCACAAUACUCGGCUACAAGACCCUUGCGGAGGGAGUCAUCAGAAUGGACCAGCUGUAUGGUGAGAUAAAGAAUGCCGUAAUAUGGAACUGUAUUGUGACGAUUGCAUCACCCGCCUCGUCGCAAGAGGUCUACGCGGAGGUGCUGCAAAGAUCCAUGGACAUGGAGCUCGAGUUGACGGGCGUCGGCGGCAAGGUGGGCGCCGCGGCCAGCCAGCCGGUGGCCAGGCUCACCAUCACCGGCCUGGCCUCCACGCCCGUGGACCACGACACCAAGAACAACAACACCCUACUCAUCACAGAGCGGGGCUACUCCGACGAAGAGGAGGAGGGCGAGUUCAGUUCCGUGGAGGAGGCGGACGACAUGACCUACGGAGCGCCCGCCAGACGGCGCCCCCAUCGACAGAUAGAGUUCAACAAGGCGGACAUGUCCUAUACUAAACAACGGAACCUGAAGCAGAAGUUCGCGGCGCUCCUCCGCCGCUUCCGCGUGCCCGAGGAGUUGGGGGAGCGUGGUGCGGCCAGGGACACGCACCACGCCCAGCGGGACAUCGACGAGCUGUUCCAGGAACUAGAGUCGCUGUCGUGCGGCGAGGGGGAGGACUCGGGGCCGGACCAAAUGGACACCAUCAGCAUCGGCUCCACGCCGAAGCCCUCGCUGCGGCCCUUCUUCAGCAGCUCCCGUUCGCUGGCCAACCAGGAGCAUCACAGGCACUCCAACGUGACGCGGCACGCCAGUCUCGCGUCGGCCGCCGAGUUGACAACACCACGCGAGAAACUGCUGGCCACACUCCCGCUUGCAGAGUCGGAAGCGAUGCGCAGCUCUGCUGGUGAUGAGCGCGGCAGUGAGGGCAACAGUGAUGGAGACUUGACCCUGGACGCUCAGGCUUCCGGAGCAUCCGUAUCCAGCUCGCCCCCCAACGAGAUAAAGGAGGACAAGCGGUCGAGGCUUUUCCGCAGCGCCACCAGCGGUGGCAACCUGACCCCCGCUGCGGCGGCCGUGCGCAAGAAGAACUCGCUGGUGGUGGCAACCGAGCGGCCCCUCUCCGCCCAGGACCUGCCCGCGCAGAGCCCUACCACCCUGGAGCCGCGACGCACGCUCAUGGAACAAGUGGCCAGGGUUUUGGGCGACGAGGGCUCGGUGCCGGAGUGCGUGGCGGUGGCGCCGUCGAGCGCUGCGAUGGCGCUGCAAGCGCUCGCCGUGCCCGCUGUGAUAUUCGCGCCGCCCGCCGUGCCGGACGCGAGGCCGCUGCUGCAAGCGCUUUACGCUCGCGCGGUCAAGCAGGGCUCGAGGCGCGCGUGCGUGCGCGUGUGCGUGUGCGGCGGCGAGGCGGCGGCGGCGGCGGCGCUGAGGGCGCACGCGGAGCUCGCCGCGCGGCGCCCCCACGACGCGCCCCCCGUGCGCUUCUACGUCGUGCCCGUCGGUCCGUGCACCGUGUCGCGCUACAUCGCCGCCGCGGACAGCACGUACGCGGCGCUCUUCACCGGGGACGCGUGGGCACCGCUCUGCGAGCGCGCCGCCGACCACUCCAUGCCAGACAUCGCCGAGAUGUCCUCGCGGAUCGCCAGAUACUUGAACAGCAUUGGUCCCGUGAACAACAUACCGAUCGGCGAAGCGAUGGUCGCCUACAGGGACAAGUCUGGAGACGAGGACUCCAGCCAGACCUUCGUGCCCUUCAUUGCUGAGGUGCGCGUGGGCUGCGGCGAGGGCGGCCCCUCCUCGCUGGAGCUGGAGGAGGGCGGCUCGCCCCCCGCGCGCCCCUCGCCCCCCGGCACGCCCGCGCCCAGCGACGCCGCGCCCCCGCACGCCGCGCAGCCGCCGCCGCUGCCGCCGCAGGAGCUGCAGCUCGACUACUGGCUGGUGCCAGGGCGAGCGGCCGAGGGGGCGGACGGCAAGGUGACUGUGAAGGCCACCUUCCGCGCCCUGCUGGUCACCCGUCAGAACGCCCACCUCAGCAUCACGUACCUCACCAAGGAGAAGAAGCAGAAGAUAAUGCGCCUGGGCAAGAAGAAGGAGAAGUCGGAGCCGGAGGUGGGCAGGGCCCAGACGGUGGAGGGCGUGGCGCGGCUCAUCUGCUCCGCGAAGGGGUCGCACAACGCGCCGCUCAAAGUGUACAUCGACGGCACGGAGUGGAACGGCGUGAAGUUCUUCCAGCUGUCCACGCAAUGGCAGACGCACGUGAGGACCUUCCCGGUAGCGACGUGCGGCGCGCCCCUCGCCCCGCCGGAGACC